CAGCCAAUGGUCAGCCUCCUGUGCCCCCGGCCAGACGCUCGCGUAUAUAAACUCGACCGGUCCCGCGCAGCCGUCAGACCCACUACCUCAGAAAUAUGGAGCGUACGUCAGUGUUAGCGGCGCGGCCCGACUCUUCUACCCUCGGUGCAAAAUACUCGCCAGGAACCCUGGGAUCAGCCUUUACUCCGUUAUCCCGUGUGCCACCAGCCUUCCCUCUGUUCCAGUCAUUACCAUUUUUGCCUCAUGUGCCACCUUCGAGUGCCAAGCAACAAGCUCCUCUUGGUCUUGAAUCGAGACUAAUGGGGAUGCUGCAGAGUUAUGGAUCUAUGCCACUGGGUCAGCUGCCGUGGGCGGCUCUGGGCGCCGGCGACCUGGCACUCAACCGUCUCCUGUUGACUCCUGGGGGACGCCUCAGCCGACCCAAGAAGCGAUACAUCUGCAAGUAUUGUCAACGGGAGUUUACCAAGAGCUACAACCUGCUGAUCCACGAGAGAACACACACGGACGAGCGGCCCUUCCCUUGCGACAUCUGCGGCAAGGCCUUCAGGAGACAAGACCACCUCCGCGACCACAAGUACAUCCACAGCAAGGACAAGCCCUUCAAGUGUGAAGUGUGUGGCAAGGGCUUCUGCCAGGCGCGCACGCUGGCCGUCCACAAGGCCCAGCACGCCCACGACGCGCCCCCCACGCCCAUGCCCGCCCUUACCUCCCUACCUCGCACCACGCCCUCCCUGCCCACCUGCCACGCCCCUGACGCGGACGAGGUGGUUGACGUGCUUCACUGUGACGACGAUGACGACGUGGUGGAAGACGACGUGAUGCAGACGCUGACGGAGGAGGAGGAGCUGCCUGUAGUAGCAGUAGUGACGCCGCCCAAGAGACUCGGCUUCUCCAUCGCUGACAUUAUGAGCAGAUAGGCAGUGUCUCCCCACUCUCACCCUCACCCUCACCCCAGUGCCAUUCCAACACCCAACAAGCUUUAAUUACUAUGUACAAUUUGCUGCAUAUUGUGGCUCCUUUAUGUUGAAUAUUAUUGUGUUUUAAGUUUGUAAGAAUUUUGUUUAUUAAAAAUAUUUUAAAUUUUG